CCGACACGUCUGUUAAUCGUGGACGCUCGCACUUAUCGCGUGGCGCAACUUAANCCAGACUACUAUGAUCAAGCUCAAGUUUGCUUCAUGAAUCUGCCCAAUUUGCAUGCCGUUCGUCUGAGUUUCGAAAGACUCACUCAUUUGUACACAAUGGAUACGGAUGUGAAUUGGUAUUCAUUGCUAGAAAAGACUUCCUGGCUCAACUAUAUUGCCCAGUUAAUUAAAAGUGCCUUGGAUAUCGCGUUCGCUUUGGAAGUGGACGGACGCCCUGUGAUGGUUCAUUGUACUGAUGGUUGGGAUCGUACAUCUCAAAUAAGCUCGCUCGCCCAGCUUUUAGCGGAUCCGUACUAUCGAACCAUUGAGGGAUUCACGAUUCUUGUUGAGAAAGAAUGGCUUUAUUUCGGACACAAAUUUGCCGAUCGAUGUGGCCAAGGAGGUUGCAACGCAUAUCCAGAUGAACGAAGUCCCAUCUUCCUUCAGUGGCUCGAUUGCGUUCAUCAAGUUCGUCGUCAGUUUCCGAAUUAUUUCGAAUUUAGCGAGACAUUCUUGGUCAAGUUAGGACUGCACAUCUAUUCCGGAUUGUUUGGAACAUUUCUGUGCAACUCAGAGGAAAAUCGUCAAACGCUGAGUUUAGGCACUCGCACAUGUUCUGUCUGGGCCCUACUAUCACCGCGUCUCAAUCCGCGGGUCACUAACCCGUUCUACAAACCGGGAGAACAGCAAUUAAUUGUCCCCAGCUAUGGUUUACCCAAUUUGUGCCUCUGGGACAAUCUUUACCGACACGCUUUGUUUCCCUCAGCGAAAAAUGGGAUGGGCAUUGUGUGUUUAAACGAGGCUCGUACUGCCAUCUUGUCGACCGAAUCACCGAAACUGUCUCCGAACUUAACAACAACACACGCGCCCGAUUCCACGCUUGCAAUGCUCUCAGAACCAAACAAGACAAAUGGAAUCGUUGCCCCUAGCGAUCUUUCCCAAGGACCACCACCACCACCAACGUUCAUUGACGAAUCGAUUAUUGAAGAAGUAUCUGGUAUUACAGAGAUUGACGGUCAUAUUCAGCGGAAUUUUCUGGGUGACUUGACCAAUACAACUGCCUACACAGACUGUUGCCUAUCGCCUUUUGACAUCGAUCCUGGUCAGUUCACUUUUUCUCCACCUGAUUACGAAUCCAGAACCACCACUAAGAGGAACUCAGACAAUCUGUCUUUGGACGGUACAGUUGCCAUAUUGCCACUAUCUUCUGCGGCCAAGAGUUCAGGUGAUUGGUUAACCUCAUCUGGUGCUCGCCAGAAUCAUUGCGAUCAUUCCCACAGGAACUGCACAGAUGAGGAUGUUCACCGUUUGAAUGAGGGUAUUGAAUGGCCGAAACAAUCCGUCAUGUGCGCUAGCCCCGGCACCAAACGGUUAUCAUUUUCUACCGAUGACUGUAAUGAUGUAUUUGUUGCCGAUGAAGAGACUGCAUUCGCCUCCAGUCAUCGAGCUAAAUCCUCCAGGAUAAACUCUCGCUUUUCCGGAUUUCUACCCGAACGGUUCUCAGAUAAUGAGGAUGUUCCCGAGACUGAGACCGAUGAACAAGAUGCUCUUCUGAACUCCCAUGUUUCCCGUAGCUCCGUUAUGCAAAUACUGCCCAACCAAUCUACAUCUCCAAUCAGCAUUAAUUCUACCGGCUAUCUUUCGAUACACACAAAUGGUGAAUUAAAAUCGGUAAAGCGGCCAAGCCGUUGUCGAACACCUUCCGAUAGUCAUGCAUUUGCCCCAUUUGGUUCUGUGGAAUCACAGAGGUGUGAGAAAUAUCCCAUACCAGGUGCUACUACUGCACGUCGAAAAUCCUUGGAACACCCCGGAAGAAUCGCGCACGGCUCCGAUACUGAGGAUCCGUCCGACAACUCAGAUUUCACUGUUCAGUGGACCACCGAGGAAUUUAUCCAAAAUGGUUUUGAUCCCCUUCGAAGGAAAAAUUUAGAAGUGUUGAAAUUGAGUAUCCACUCCGUAUUUUAA